GUUUUACACUAUUCUUGGUGAGCAAUUCUAUUGAACAUUCAUCCUCCACGUAUCCUUAUCUAUCUGAAAUCUCAAUUCAAUCUUCAAUAAACCUACCUCCCUCCUAAGUAACAGAGAAGCACAAGAUGUUUUGCUAUUCAUCAUUAUCAAUGGCUAAGGCUUCUUCCCUCACUGUCCCAAACCCAACCCACUCUCUUCCCAUCUUCCUCCACCCUCCAUCUUCUUCAAACCUCCCAUUUCCAUUCCCCCAAUCAUCUUCCAAUUCUCAAUUUAUUGGCCUCAAGCUAUCUUCUUCUUCUUCUCAUUCUUCCUCUUUCUCAGUUCCUUCUUCUUCAUUCAGAGGUUCCAUUGUUGCCAAGGUGACUACAGGUUCAAAGCCACCUGGUUUCACCCUGAAAGAUCAGGAUGGGAAGACUGUGAGCCUCUCCAAAUUCAAAGGGAAACCUGUUGUUGUUUAUUUCUACCCUGCUGAUGAGAGCCCUAGCUGUACCAAACAGGCUUGCGCUUUCAGGGAUUCUUAUGAGAAGUUCAAGAAAGCAGGAGCUGAGGUUGUUGGUAUAAGUGGUGAUGAUUCUUCAUCUCACAAGGCAUUUGCAAAGAAGUACAGACUUCCAUUUACAUUGUUGAGUGAUGAGGGUAACAAGGUGAGGAAAGAGUGGGGAGUGCCAGGUGAUUUCUUUGGAGCAUUGCCUGGGAGAGAGACUUAUGUUCUUGACAAAAGUGGAGUGGUUCAGCUCGUAUAUAACAAUCAGUUCCAACCAGAAAAGCAUAUCGACGAGACCUUAAAACUACUUCAAAGCCUUUAAGGAUUUCGAUUCUUUUGUUCUCUAUAUCGCUUGACCUGAUUCAGAGGUGGACAAGUAUGUAAGCAUAAAUUGUAUCGUCUGUAAUUACUUAGCUGAUUUUGCAUCCUUCGAUCGCAUCGAGGUGAUAACAUUCUCCAAUAGAGAGCAAACAUCUAUAACCUCUCCGGAUGUAAUAAUGCCUUCAAUUGUCUCUAAUAGAGUCAUAUUUCAGUAUCUUUUACAUA